CACAGCCCCAUACAGUAACUCCUACCAAUGCUUUUAACGCCACUGCUCCACACAUCAUGUGACGGGGGAGUGGCAGAGAGUCCGGAAGUACACCGCUGCUGCUGCAACUCUCAACAAAGCUCUCCACCAUGGCCUACCAUGCUGGGACUCCAGAGGAUCCCAGUGCUUUGGUCCACAACAUCAGCUCCAACAUCCAGAAGCUGACACUGCUGACCUCUGAGCUGCAGAGGGCAGUUUCUCUGCUGGGAACGGAGCAGGACAGCAGCCAGCUACGACAGACGCUACAACAAAAACAGCAGCAAGGCAACCAGCUAGCGAAAGAGACUGACAGACUGAUAAAGACAUUCAGUGCGCUUCCUGUUGGCGCCGACCAGCGGCAGAGAAAGAUACAGAAAGAGCGUCUGUUGAAUGACUUCUCCGCCGCCCUGAACAGCUUCCAAAAGAUCCAGCGGCAGGCAGCCGACAAAGAGAGAGAGUUUGUGGCCAGAGUCAGAGCCAGCUCCAGGGUGUCGGGAGGACAGCCUGAUGACAGCUUUGGAAAUGUGUCUCCAUUCCAUAGUGAUUCCCAGGCUCAGGCUCAGGCUGAGGCUAUCACUGAAGAAGACUUGAGGCUGAUCCAGGAGAGAGAGUCGUCCAUCAGGCAGUUGGAGUCUGACAUCACAGAUAUCAAUGACAUCUUCAAGGACCUGGGGAUGAUGGUCCAUGAGCAGGGAGACAUGAUAGACAGUAUAGAAGCCAAUGUCGAGAAUGCAGAUGUGAGUGUCCAGAGCGGCACGCAGCAGCUGGCACGUGCUGCAGAAUACCAGCGGAGCUCCCGGAAGAAGAUAUGCAUCCUGAUGAUAGUGUUGGCUGUAGCUGCUACCGUUAUUGGACUCAUCAUCUGGGGCGCUGUCAAAUCAUGAGGGCUUCUUCUUCCUGUCCUCUACCUCUCCUGUUUAGUCAUUUACCCGGAAAAAGGAUGAAACACCGUCCCUCCUCUCUCCUCCUUAUCUCACCCCCCCCUCCCUCUUAUGAGGGGAGUCAUCAAGACUUUCUGUCUUUCUUUGAGUUGAUUAUGAUUUUAAAAUAUUGAAGUCCUUGUUGACAGGACCGCACACUCCUUCACUGUGAAAACAAAACUUGCUGGUAGCUUUAUUGUUAUAAUCAGCUUCAAUUGAAUUAUUAGUGUCUGAUUUAGGUAUGAUUUACUUUGAAGAGGGAGGUGUAAACAAAGGUGGAGGAUUGCUGUGUUCAGUAGCGGCCAUGUCGGCUCCACUGGCUCUUAUUGUUGAAUUCAAUUACAGUACAGACAAUGCUUCUUGGUGCAAUGAAGCGGCAAGUUGCUGCUAGGCGGGUAAGAGGCGAUUAACCUUCAGGUCAGUCUCUUCAAGAUGUCAAUUUGCUGCAGAUGCUUUUCUUUAUCAGGUUAGAUAUGAAAAACCCACAUGCUAGAAGAUUAUCCACAAUGAAACCAUAAAUCAAUUGCACUAUUUAAAUUUGGUAGUAUCAAAAGCCAGCUCUGGUCCAUAGUACAACGCAGCCAAACUACAUUCAGUUUAUACCCUCUUUUUAUCUCCUACAUUUGAAGUUUAUGAAUAAUUUAAAUUAAUAGUUCAUUUCGAUUCAAAUCCAUGUCGUAUUCUAUUAAUGAAUAAAGAAAAUACUGUACAUACACAUCCUAACUAUAUUAAACUUGACUAUCAGUCAUUACAGUUAGAUUUUUAGAUUUAGAUUUUUGUGCAGAUUGCUGCAAGGAGAGUCCACACACAAAGAAUGUAAGUGCAAUGUGUAGAUUGUGAAGGUCAUGUUAUAGUUGUGUAUAUGUGUUUUAUGGUUUGUUUUGACCUACAGUACUCACGGAUGCUUCAUGCAAAGGCCCUGCACACCACACUGAUGUCUUCAAUUAUGUGAUUGGUUAGACAGUUUGUAUGUGGGGGCUUUACUCAUAGAAAAGUUCUGAUAAUUAUCAUUAUGUUUCUGUGACUGACAACAGUACAUGUCGCUAUAAUCCUAACAUGAAGAAACCAAACUUGAAGUAACCCAAAGUAUAGUAAGUUAAAGCAAACACUAAUAAUUAUUUGCUACAACUAUUUCACCCAAAUGUAAAAUGAUGAUCACAUGUAUAUUUUUAAUACUGAGAUUUAGCUGCCUACCAUGUGCUGAAUAAAUUACCUGAAUGUACUGGA